AACACCAUGCGACCAAAUAGCAGGCAGCGUGUGUGAACUGUGAAUGAGUACGCGUCGUGCCUCUGCUACUUCGCUACCUUCGUAAAUCCUUUGAGCAAAACAGAAGACAAUUUGGGAUUUUUCGUCGCCAUAAUUUACAGGAAGAAAACGUUUUUGGGUCUGUCAUUGAAGGAAUAUGUUUAAGAAGAACAAAAGCAAAGUGCUGGUGGAUUAUGCCUCAGAGGAAGACGACAUGUCCUGGCAUUAUCAUCACUCUUAUAAGGACAAAGACGUAGAAGGAGAGGAAGAGGAGGAGGAAGCCGUUACCGUGGUGUCAAAGGAGGCCAAAGUGAAGAAGAUAAUGUCCAAAAAGGAGAGGAAGGACAAGAAGCUGUUUUCCUCCAAAGACGAUGAGCACUUAUUGUUGACAGGAGAGAAUCUGGCUGAUCGCAGAGGGUCCCACAAGAAGAUCAAGGAUGACGAGAAAGAGAAGGAGAAGAAGCCAGAAAAGGGGCAGUGUUUUUGGGAUAGCGUGACCACAACUAUGCGGCAAAUCUCACCGACCAAAAAACUGGAGAAGAUUGAAGGAUGGGAACCGCCUCAAACUGAGCACUCUGGGGAAAUGGACAAACUUUCAGACGACAAGAGCCAAAAAGGGGAUAGCGUGGUGCCUUGUCUGGAGACUGUAGACCUGGAUUUGGACUCUUGGGCGGGAAGAGGGUUGGAGGAGGACAACUCGCGCUACGCUAACCUGUCUGACUCCAAGGAUCGGGUGGGAGCUGUGAGGUGGACAGCACGCGCUAAGGUCAAACUAGCUGGUAUUGGCAGGAUGGGCAGAGGAAUUGUGUCAGAAAGCACAUGGGAGGGGCUAAAAUAGACCUACAUGUUGAAUCAAUGAGAAAGAUGAAGAAUGCUAAAAGGUGCAUUGUGUAAUUUUUCUGGUGGAGGGCCCAUUACUUGCUACUCUCCAUGUAGAUGUUCCACAGUAUGGCAUUACACUCAUUUAUCACUAUGGAGACAGCAGGGCCAAGUUAGAUAUCUCAGCAGAGCGCAGGGCCCACUAACAGUAAGAAUGCUUGUUUUAGGUCAAUAAAAACCCAUGUUCCUAUGUAAAUUCAAGAUGGAUACAUUUAAUGCCAUACCGGGACAUUCUAGACAAGCCAAUAUCAUUUCCAUGGAGACAAAUGGGUGGCAGACCCUCCACCAGAAGAAGUUACACAGUGCACCUUUAAAGAAUUGUGUGUAAAGAAUGAGUUUACAUGUAAAAUCAGUGAACACGAACUUGCUGUUAAAAGCUUCCAAAAUGAGUUGUACUAACUUAAUUAUAGUAUAAAUAAUGUCCAAAAUGCCACUACGCUGGUUUAGAAAAAAAUCUACUUGCGUUUAUAAGAUUAAUAUUUUGUUCAAUUACCUAAAGUUCUCAUUUUACAUUUUAGUUUUACAUUCUAGAGACACUCCACAACCUUGAUUGAAUAAACCCAGAUAAAAUGAACAAUGGCUAUGUCAAGGUGCAGUUUAGCUGUGAUUGCUGCUCUGCUCUCUCUGUAGUUAAUGAAAAAAAUGAAUGAAAGCCUAACAUACACUACUGUACUGUUUGCUAUAGAAAUACACUGUUAAGAGUAUGUGCAAAUAUGCAAAGCUACAGCCUCCAGUGCUGCUAAACUGUGAGUCAAGCCUUAAUUUCCCUAAAAGCUGUACUUGUGCAGUUUUGUUAGAUCUUGUAAAAUAUUUUAGUACUGAAAAUUAUUUUGUGAAUGAUUUUUGCUACUCUGUGAUUUUUUUUUUAUUUUUAUGGAAGUGUCAUAGAGCAACAUGUCAGAGUUGAAUGCUAUUUAUGAAAAAGUUCUAAAAUUAAACACAAAAUUCACUGUACUGUACACAAUGUUUGAAGUGCCUUGUAUUAAUAAAAUAAUGUUAAUAUGUAUUUGUUAAAAUACAUGAUUG